UCUGCCCAGAGCAGACAGGUAGCCGGGUCUGGAGGAGAAAUGACGUCUUGCAGCCCACUCAGCUGCACUGGACCACCCACAGGCAAGAACAUGAGCCGGCUGCGCACGAGUGAGAACUGUUCGUUCAGCGACGUGGAUGAGCUGAUGAAGACCCUGCAGCUGGUGGUCCACAUCCCCACCUUCGUCCUAGGCCUGCUCCUCAACCUGCUAGCCAUCCGAGGCUUCAGCACCUUCCUGAAGCAGAGGUGGCCAGGCUACGCGGCCACCUCCAUCUACAUGAUCAACCUGGCUGUCUUUGACCUGCUUCUGGUGCUCUCGCUCCCAUUCAAGAUGGCCCUGGCGCACGUUCGGCCUCCCUCCUCCGCCUCCUGCACCCUGGUGGAGUGCCUCUACUUUGUCAGCAUGUACGGGAGCGUCUUCACCAUCUGCUUUAUCAGCCUGGACAGGUUCCUGGCCAUCCAGUACCCACUCCUGGUCAGCCACCUUCGGUCCCCAAGGAAGACAUUGGGGAUCUGCUGCACCAUCUGGGUCCUGGUGUGGACUGGGAGCAUCCCAAUCUACAGCUUCCAUGGGAAAGUGGAGAGGUACACGUGUUUCCACAACAUGUCGGACGGUACCUGGAGUGCCAGGGUCUUCUUUCCACUCGAGGUGUUUGGCUUCCUCCUGCCCCUGGUCAUCAUGUGUUUCUGCUCCUCCAGGAGCAUCCACAUUCUGCUCGCUCGUAAGGGCCACACCCAGGACUGGGUCCAACAGAGGGCCUGCAUCUGGACCAUUGCGGCCAGCCUGGCGGUCUUUGUGGUCUCCUUUCUCCCAGUCCACCUGGGAUUCUUCCUGCAGUUCCUGGUGAGGAACGGCUUUAUUGUGGAGUGCAGAGCCAAGCAGAGCAUCAGCUUGUUCUUGCAAUUGUCCAUGUGUUUCUCCAACGUCAACUGCUGCCUUGAUGUUUUCUGUUACUAUUUUGUCAUCAAAGAAUUCCGCACGAACAUUAUGGCCCAUCAGCCUUCUAGGGUCCAGGUGGUUCGCCAGGACCCCAUGAUUACCAGAGGCUAAGGGAA